GGGUUGGGAUAUUGUUAAUGAUGUAUUAGGUUUUUGAAGUGCACGAGUUUGUUAACUGAGUGAAUUAAGAUAUGAAUGAAGAUUUAGUCACACAUAAUUUUACAUUUUCUUAUUUAGGGUGUCUCAGGAAAUGCAAACGAAGAGUUAAGCCCAGAAAAGCUUGUUGAGAAGCAGCGUAUUGUGAUCGAGGAACUGAAGGCAAAAAUGGGUCUCAAUCUAGAGGGAAUAGAGAAGUUAAGCGAUGAUGAUGUGCGGAAAAAUGUUGAUAAUGCAAUAGGGGAGCUCAUGCAUCCUGUCAAGACAAAGGAGGAGCUUGUUAAACAACUCACAACUCAAAUUGCGGAUCUGGAGAGAUUUGUCACAUUUUUGCAGGGUGAAGUGGAAAAUGCUGAAGAACGCACAGAGCGAGCCAAAGCAUGCCCUUGCCCUGUGCAUGCCAGAAGAGGCAGAAAAAUACCAAAGGAUCGUCUGAGGGGUAAAGGUGGCUCCCAUAGAUCAGUGGAAUAUUCAUCGGACAGUGUUAAUGAGCUGGAUUACGCAUGUGACUACAGCUUAACAGAGGACAUGUCUGGCAGUGACGACGGGAAUGGGUGCUGUCUUCAUGUGUCGCCUAUCCCAGAAACACCUGAUGAGAUCCGCAGUAAGCAGAAAAUACGAGAUGCAAGCAUGGCAAUUAUCAAAAGAGCGCUUGCAAUUUUACAGUUGUUUGCAAUCAGUCAGUUUGGCUGUACUGGAAAACAGAUUCAAGACCAGAUUAUAAAGAAAGCAACUUCUGUGGCUGCACCAGGAUACUUCGGACAUCUGGCUCAGCUGCAACAAGCUGUUCUAAAAAUCAUUGAUAUAAAGUCACGCGAGCCGCCCAGCGAAGGAGAGGAGUCUGGGCCUAAUUCGCCUCAGUCUCCGACGGUCGUGCAAAGAAGGACGCGGAUACGUACCAGUUCCAUGUCUUCCGCCGACACUACUCUGUCAGAAAGCAGUGAUAGGUUUGAUUACGCCAGAGACGCUGAACUGGUAAAUGUUGUGAGAAAAGACUUAGCCAUGGCUUUGAAGGCUCUCUUUCAGCAUGGAUUAGUAAGGACUGUUGAUCAUCGUCUGAUCUCGUCCAAGUCGCUUGUGGCGUGUAUUGUGCCCACAACAAGAUCGUCUCUUCCCAAGCGAAUGCAUAUUUGGGAACUUUUUAAUGAAUAUUACGGAAUGAAGCGCGGGAGAGAAUAUAACUCCACUCCUGCCAGACGAUUGUCCGAGGCAUUUGGUAUCGAGGUUCAUGGCUCAAACACGGUCUCAGCUAAACAGACAUUGUUGAGAACGCUCCACAGAAUAAAAACAACACACGAGCCCUGCAGACGGAGCAUGGACGCCAUGUUCAAAUCCUUGGUGUGCGCUGGAAUAAAUCAAAAAAGGCUCAUCCAUUGGUGCCGUCUCAUUGCCAAGAGUUCCUCGCUAGUGGAAGAACAUUACCAAUCAUGGUCUUACGUUCUUAUAACGGGAAUGGAUGAAGCAUUGGAACAUCUAGAGCGAUUGAACGAAUAUAAUUUCCAUAUCCCAGAAGACCUGGCGAUCAGGCAUUUAACCAAGAUUAAUGAUGCAUUUGGAGACACUUAAUGAAUGGAGAUAUUCAAAAAAUACGAUAUUUAUCUUGAGAUAAUAAUAAGUUAUCUUCAGAUAAUAGAUACAAACUGGUAAAUAAUUUAAUGAGGGGAUUCUUUUUUGAGGCGUCUGGUUAAUUAAAAAAUGUUUAGUGUGAUAAAGUAUUGAGUUUUGUAGCAAUAUCAGUUUUUGUUGAUUAAUUUGCGUUUUGUUUGCAUCUAUUUUGCUGCUGUUUUUAUUUGAAGUUUUUAAACAAAACUGACUCGAGUUUUCUGCUGCCACAGAGCCGAUUUGCGGUUUGAGAAAUGGGGUAGAACCUCCACCUUCUCAAAUUUCCUUUUUUUCUUGGAACUUCUAUUCUAUGUGGAAAAGUCUUUUUGAGGCACACAUGUAGUUAUUCUUUUUUGUACAUUAUUUGUUUUCAUUUGUUUUUUCACGUGAGUUUAAAUUAUAAAUUAUUUGUGGAGCUAUUAGCAGACUUUUUCCUCUCGCAGUCUGUCCUCAUAUCGUGUGUUUAUUAUUACAGAAAAUUCAUGAAUGCCUUUUUCUAAGAAAGCAGGCGACGAUUGAAUGAAAAUUGUGCAGUAAAACAUCCUCGUAAUAUGUAACAUCACUGAUAAUAUUAAUUAAUGUCUUCUAACUGCCAGGACGUAUCCUUGGUAGUGAUGUAUUGUUGGCAAAUAAUAUAAUGUAAGAAUUGAUGUAAAGAGCCUAACGUUACAUUCCAAGGUAGAAUCAGAUGUCAGUAAAAUAAAGAUAAGUUAUUAAACAGGGUUCUCAUCCCUUCAUACAGUGA